AUGAAGUUGUCCAUUCUUUCAACCGCUCUUUUGGUAGCUAGUGCCGCCGCCAGAAUCACCGUCUACAGCACCGUAGUAACCACAAAAACCCUAACCGUCACAUCCAAAAGCUGGACUUGGCGAAGAUUUACAACCACAGUACUCAAGCCCACUACAGUCACAAAAUACGAAAAGUACACCAUCUACAAAAAGAGCCCACCCGUCACUGUCACAGAAACGAUUAAAGAAUGUCCUCCUAAGGAGGGUGAAGGUGAGGGUGAAGGAGAAGAAGAAGCGGGUGGAAAAGGAGGGGAAGAUGAUAAAUAUAAGACUUGUCCACCAGGCUCGGUUGUUGUUAUUAAGCCUACCAGUACGGGAAAUACCCCUUGUGUGACAAAGCGCCCCGAGCCUGUUUCGUACCAGUGUAAUUGUGGUGCGGAAGGGGUGAUGAAGAGGACGGUUACGGUUGUUCAGAGCUGUGGAACGUAUAUACCGACUCUCUAUACCUUUGUACCAUCACCGGUUGAGAGGUGCGUCCAACCUGGCGGGGUCUCUGAAGUUACUAUUUAA